UAUAUGUCAUGGCGCUCCAGAAUGCGAAUCCGGUGAUCCAUGAGCGCAAGGCGACGCGGCGGCAGCGCCCUUCUAUCGGAGACGAGAGCGCCGCGGAAGAAAUCGACGCCUUGGAGGUUUUUGAGCACUUGAGGGAUAUCCGCGAUCCGGAGCAUCCAUACUCGCUGGAGCAGCUAAAUGUGCUCGCUGAAGAGGGGAUCGAAGUGGACGAUAAGCAAAGCUAUGUGAGGGUCACAUUUACUCCCACAGUCCAGCACUGUAGCAUGGCAACGCUGAUUGGACUGUGCAUUCGAGUGAAGCUCAUGCACUCUCUUCCACCUCGCUUCAAGGUGGAUAUAAGAGUGGCACCAGGUUCUCACUCUACCGCGGCUGCGGUGAACAAGCAACUUAAUGACAAGGAGCGCGUUGUAGCGGCAAUGGAGAACCCAUACUUGGCUCAAACCGUGCGGGAUUGCCUAGCUCCUCCAGAAGAGUACGAGUGAGUGGAACUCUCAUCUUGUAAGUUCCCAAGAAAUAGAUCUUCUCAAGUUCGCAGA